UAAAAUGACGACAAAAGUAAAUCCAUCAACUUCACCUUCUGUGGAAUUAAGUUCAUAUCGUGAUCAACAUUUUAAGGGUUCAAGAGCUGAACAGGACAGACUUUUAAGGAAUUCCACAACUUUAUAUGUUGGAAAUUUAUCUUUUUAUACCACAGAAGAACAAAUAUAUGAACUGUUUUCUAAGUGUGGUGAUAUUAGGAGAAUUAUAAUGGGUUUGGACAAAUAUAAAAAGACUCCUUGUGGUUUUUGUUUUGUUGAAUAUUACCAAAGGUCUGAUGCUGAAAAUUGUAUGCGAUAUAUUAAUGGAACACGUUUAGAUGACAGAAUAAUUAGGACAGAUUGGGAUGCAGGCUUUAUUGAAGGUAGACAAUAUGGAAGAGGAAAAACUGGAGGACAAGUAAGGGAUGAGUACAGAUCAGAUUUUGAUAGUGGAAGAGGAGGUUAUGGAAAAAUAAUACAACAAAAAGUGACACCUAUUUCUGAUGGAAUAUUUGGCCGCUGA